AUGGAGGUAUUGUUAGCUCAUCACAGUAUACCACAUGCUGUCAUGCGUACGAGUCGUUCUGCUGGCUCCUUGGACCUUGGGCUCCUGGUCAACACUCCUUUCGUUCAUUCAUUGAUGUCAGAAUCGUUCACUUUCAGCUCGCUUUCCAGUGCUUCAAGUAGCUCGUCGGCGGCUCCUCCCUUUAUAAAUGUUGGCAAAUUACCGAGUUUUGAGAUGAUUGAGCUAGGGGAUCAUCUAAAAAUGUUUUCAUCUGGCGGAGCUGGACGUUCCGAGGACGAGUCUGGGCAAUCAUUGAGCGCAAAAAACGUUCUCAUAUCUGCGCCCACCUCUCCCAGGCUUAAGAAGCUGCUUAAGGAGUGUUUAAGCAUUUCGAAGUGGGUUGAAACCUCUGUGGGAUGGCAACCUCCUGGUCAUAUUCCUUGGGAAAGCAUCGAAGAUAUUGCAGAGAUAUAUUGGGUCCCUGAAGGCGCAAUAUUUCCCCCUGAUUAUCUUUCUGCGGCGUUAUCUCAAUUCCGGCGGUCGCGUUGCUAUUCUCAAAUUCACUCAGAAAACUCUUUGGAUGAAUUGAUGUGCGUCGUUCCACCGACGCGUCAGCCGUCAGCGAAAGAACCUGUGGAUUCGGAUUUAUUGGAUAUGAUGCGCGAACUGAAAGGCAUGAGAUCGUAUUUCCAGGAUUCACAGAAUGUCUGCGAUGAUAUCUCGGUACCAUCUCUGGUUGUGUCAGCCUCGGACAUUACUUUGCCAUUACACCAGGAAUCUUCAAUCGGUAUCUCUCGCUCUGGAUUGAAUUCUCUUGCCAUUCGCAGAGGAAAAAAGGAUCCUCCAAGAUUAUUAUUGCCAAAAAGCAAGUCUGCGCAGGAAAUAUUAUAUCCUGGAAUCCCGACUGCAUUUUUGGGGUCUCCUUCGAGGCAUCAUCCAAAGUUUGAGAAUGGCAAGGAUAAACCUUACUUAGAAUUCGAGCAAAUGAUCAACAACCUCCGUCUACAAUGUUCCACGAUGUCUUUGCAAACGCCGCCCGUCGACACGUCUUGGAACUCAAGGUCGAAUGCCGAAUGCACUGACCAUUCUGCAGAAGAGGAUCUUGAUGAAUGGUCAUUCGCUAAUGAAUUUCUUAGCACCCAUAAGAAUGUAUCCUUGUCGCGUUCAAUGCUCGGUUCAACAAUGACUAGCGAUAUUCUUUCUUCCACCAUCACGAGAAAAACGGUGGAUAACUUACAAAGCAUUCGGCAUGAAUUCAAUGAAUCGGGUCGAAAGGAUGUAGACAAGAAGUCAAAGGGGUCUACUGAUAAUCUAACGCCCACUUCUUCGGAGUCUGCACCUAUCAUGGCUCAUACAGCGCCUUUACCACUACGGUCAGCCAUGAUAAAACCUGUUUUGUAUCCGCGCUUAAGGCCCUCUAAGAGCGUUCGCUUCCGUCUCACACAACAGGAGUUUCAGAGGUCAAUAUCCCCCACCCCUGUUAAGGACGAUACACCACAGGAGACUGUUCCAGCCCCCACCACAUCCACAAAACAUCAGUACCAAAGAGUACUAAAACGCCUACCUUCUACUGGUAACUUGUCGAGGAGAGACUCGCAAAAGCACUCAAAUCAAACCGUUCCUUACGUUGUUGGUCUCACGAGGGGCGACUCUCACAGACAAUCCAAUCAAGCCACUCCUUCUGUUCCUGUUUGUUCGAAAAGUAAUCGUGAUAGAGGCUCAUGCCAAACUCAUGCCCAUACCAAAAACCUUCCAGGAAAAACUAGACAUAUCAAUGGUGCUUCGGGCACUUCUCUUCGUCGACUUGAGUCUCCUACCGGACAGUCGGCAAGCGACUCCUUCGAUGCGAUGUCCUUGCCCUCAGACAUGACGACACGCAAGUCAAUGCAUCCACUAGGUAGACACUCUUUGAGCCGUAUCAUCAAAGGGCCAAUCUUUCCCGCUCGAGAUAAGCGCGCAACAAUAUCUUCUGGCAUGAAUAUCAUUACAAAAGAUGAGAAUUCGAUCAGGCGAGAGAGCACUUCUAACACAUCUAUCAGCAGGAAAAGUCGUAUGCCAGUGCCGCUUCGGAAUAUACUCACCCGCUUUAAGUAG